GGAGAGGAGCUUCUGACACUCUUAACUUCUUUUCUUUUUUUUUCACAUCUUUGGAGUCUGUAGAGUUGUCCACCUUUCGGUGUUUUUCGUCAGAUCAUCUGGAAAUGUCGGACGACAUCCGGUUCUUUCAACUCAACACUGGAGCUAAGAUGCCUUCGGUAGGGUUGGGUACGUGGCAGUCAGAUCCAGGUCUUGUCGGCCAGGCUGUAGCCAUCGCCAUCAAGGUUGGAUACCGCCAUAUCGAUUGUGCUCAAGUCUACGGCAAUGAGGAGGAGAUCGGUUUUGUUUUAAAGAAGCUGUUUGAAGAUGGCAUAGUGAAGCGUGAGGAUUUGUGGAUUACCUCCAAGCUCUGGUGUACUGAUCAUGCACCAGAAGAUGUACCGGAGGCACUAAACAGAACUUUAAAGGACCUGCAGCUCGACUACGUUGAUUUGUAUCUUAUCCAUUGGCCAAUGAGUAUGAAAAAGGGUUCUGUUGGCUUCAAACCUGAAAACCUCGCCCAACCAGAUAUACCAAGCACAUGGAGAGCAAUGGAAGCACUCUAUGAUUCUGGCAAGGCUCGAGCUAUUGGUGUAAGCAAUUUCUCCACAAAGAAACUGGGGGACCUGUUGGAGGUUGCACGUGUUCCUCCUGCUGUCAUCCAAGUGGAGUGUCAUCCUUCAUGGCAGCAGACCAAAUUGCAUGCUUUCUGUAAAUCCAAGGGGGUUCACCUAACUGGGUUUUCUCCACUGGGUUCUCCAGGUACAACAUGGUUCAAAGGUGAUGUCCUUAAGCAUCCAGUUCUGACUAUGGCUGCAGAGAAAUUGGGCAAGUCUCCAGCACAGGUUGCUCUCCGCUGGGGCCUGCAAAUGGGUCAUAGCGUGCUUCCCAAGAGUACAAGUGAAUCAAGGAUCAAGCAGAAUUUUGAUGUGUUUGGGUGGUCUAUACCUGAAGACCUGUUUGCUAAGUUUUCUGAAAUUGAGCAGGCAAGACUUAUGACAGCAAGCUUCUUUGUCCAUGACACCUUGAGCCCCUACAAGACUGUUGAGGAAUUUUGGGAUGGUGAGAUCUGAUACAGACAUAUUAGUGAAUAUUCGCAGUGACGGUUAUAUUUCUGCUGAAUAAUUCAAGAAAUUAUGUACAUGUUUAGUAAAGCUGAACUAAAAAGACAAGAAGCUUAUCAUCUAAAGAAAAUAAUUGAUGAGUCUCAUUAAGUCAUUUGGGUAUUGUUUAGCCUUGCGAAUCUGUCGGCCCAAAUUGUCCCGUGGAGAUUAGAUAAGGAACAUAUUUUCUCUGCUCUAGUGGCAGGGUUGCUUUCAAAUACUAUGAAUUUUAAUGCUAACACGACA